AUCAAUUUCUUCAAACUCUUCAUUUCCUUCGUCUUCUUCGCGCGUUUUCGCGAUCUUCAUCAUCCAGUUAAGAUGAGUCCCAUGAACGAAUCUGAAAAUAACACUCCACAGAAUCCUGCAAUGGCAAGAUCGCCGGCCGACAUGGAGAACCAGUCAUUAUCUUAUGCGCCCAUCGUCGGCCAGCAAUGGAGAAAAGAAGAUAUUCAGGUGGUUCUAAGGGUGUUAGGGUUGGUCACCUCUAUCAUUUCUUUUGUAGUCAUGGCUAGGAACAGUCAUGGCCUUACCACUGAUGGUUUAGUUGAUUAUACUAACAAUUUCUAUGAUUAUGAUGUUUAUAGGUAUUUGUUAGCAGUUGGGAUUAUUUCUACUGUUUACUGUAAAGCUCAAGUCCUGCGCCAAUUCUGUAAUGGGAUGAAGCCCAUGUUCACACAGAGGGGAUUGAUGUUGCUGGACUUUUUUGGAGAUCAAGUCAUCGCUUACCUGUUGAUCUCUGGGGGAUCAUCAGCCAUUCAAACCACGAGAGAUUUGAAAUCUUCGGGAGUGAUACUUCACUCAUUCACAGAUUCAUCCGCGGCUUCAAUAAGUAUGGCUUUCUUGGCCUUCGGGGCUUUGGCAUUGUCAGCCAUUAUUUCUGCAUUUAAGCUCUCUUCUUAGACAUGUAUCUUAUAAGCUAUCUCUUUUCCUCCAUCACUGAAAUCUUUCCUCUGCGUUAAGGGUUCUCUUUCUUUACUGUUCUAUCUUUUCAGGUCUAGAACUUAGCAAAAAAAAAAAAAAAAAAAAACCAAAUUGCUUUGUUUUUGAAUAAACCUUUUGAAUGUUUGGAGAGACUUAAUUUGUAUUUGUUUCCUAUGGAUUCCCCGGUGUUGUGUUGAUGUAUUGGUUCACUCGUAAUGUAUAUUCCUAUAAUUAAUACAAUUGUUUUAAGCAGUGAAAUUUUUAUCUUU